CUUUGAGGCUCGCCCGCUAGGACGGUCACGUGAGUUAGACAGACUCGCGGGAACGCCCCUAGCAACCCGGUGAGUGGAGGGCUUGAGGCGCUCUACCCAGAGCGGGAAGACAGGCGCUAGGUUAGAAGCGCCUUCCAGGAGCCGUUUCCCAGGUGGGGCUCCGGACACGUCCUGCCGGGGAGCCCGACCAAAGUCGCGCAGCAGUAGGAUGGCUGAGUUGCUCUUCUGUGAGCCAACAGAACUCUAUAACAUCUUGAAUCAGGUCUCAAAACUGUCCAGACUAGCUGAGCCCAACUACCUCUGUUUACUGGAUGUUCGAUCCAAAAGACAGUAUGAUGAGAGCCACGUGAUCACUGCCCGCAGAGUGAAGAAGAAAGACAACCAGUACCUCAUCCCGGAGUCCGUGGAUCUGGAGUGCGUGAGAUACUGCAUCGUGUAUGACAGCAACACCAGUUCCCUGGAACUGCGCAUCCGGCGGCGGUAUGAAGAGGAAGACGAGGAGGAAGAAGAGAAAGGAGAGAGCAAUGACAACGAGGAGACUGAACUCUUACCUGGACCUGCUGUGGAAUUUGGACAGAUGCUCACCCUCUUUACCCGCCAACCUGUCUAUGUCCUCAGAGGAGGUUACGAGUGCUUCUCUGGCCUGUACCACUUCUUCCGGACCCAGAAGAUCAUCUGGAUGCCACAGGAACUGGAUGCCUUCCAGCCAUACCCUGCUGAGAUAAUGCCAGGCAAGAUCUUCCUGGGCAAAUUCAGUCAAGCCUGCAAUGCUAAGAUUCACAAGGAUUUGAAAAUUAAAGCCCAUGUCAAUGUUUCCAUGGAGGCAACACCCUAUUUUGUAGGCGAUGCGGACAAACUCUUGCACAUCAAGGUUGAGGAUACGCCAUAUUCCAACCUUUCCAGCUCCUUCCGCCACAUCUGUCACUUCAUGGAACUUCACCUCCGGCUCCACUCUGUCAUCCUGGUCUUCUCCACCCAGGGCAUCAGUCGCAGCAGUGCUGCUGUGGUGGCCUUCCUCAUGCAUUAUAAUGAGGAGACCUUGAAGAGAUCCUGGGCCCACGUGAAGAAAUGCAAAAACAACAUGCGUCCGAAUCGGGGCUUGGUGGCUCAGCUGCUGGAGUGGGAGAAAACUAUCCAUGGGGAAUAUUUGACAGAUAUCUCUGAUCCCAUCUACUGACCUUCACCUGCAGCCCACCAGGGCACUGAGGAACCUUGUUUGGAACUUUUAGUGGGUGGUGGGGAUUAGGUACACACUUGGAGUGGUCCAGAAAAAGACCUUUGUAUCCUGAAGUUUCA